GCCGCUUAACACUUGACUGACAUGGCGUCGAGAGUUUAGACCCUAGUAUAAACCAGCCCGCCCAAAUUCCUUGCCCUACUUUCACAGUGAAGCUCUGAGGCUGAUGGAGAAGAAGAAGCAAAGCACUACAGUCAAGGACAACAAGACCAAGAUCUUCGGCAACACGGCGCUUCAAUUAAACGAUGUAGAGGCGUCGUGCAUGGUCGGCGGUAUCGUCGAGAAAGGCUUCUCCGAUAACCCGCUAUCGGGCCCCGUUGCUCCGCCCCGGCCCAGUGUUCUUCACUUCCCUGUUGCUCGCCACCGCUCCGAGGGCCCGGUAAGCUCUAAAUCACUAGUUAAUUUGAUCGUCGCUGUAAAAAGAUUUGGUUGAGAAUUGAAGAAUUUGUGGUGACUGGUUUUGUUUUUUUUGUUACAGCAUUGGAGUCCGGUAAAUAGUAAAAUGGGAGGUGAGGAGGGUGAGGGUGA